AUGGAUAAUAAUAAAAAAAAAGAUUUUUUUUAUUUUAAACCAAGUGAGGAAAUUGAGGAGGAAAUAAUAGAUUGCUUUAUGGAAAACCCUGUUGAUGAAAAUAUGUUUAACCAACAACAGCAACAAUUACAAAAUAACCACGAGAAUUUAGAAAUAAAUGAAGAAUAUCAUCAAACUAUAAAUGAAAUGGAAGAUAUGAUUUUUACAUAUAGUAAUACCAAUAUUUCAAACGACACAAAUUUAUCAGACAAUAAUGUCUCGGAUUUGAUAAAAUUGGAAAUAUAUAAUUCAAAUAAUAUAAACAAUAACAUUUAUAACACCAAUAAUAGUAAUACUAAUACUAAUUAUAAUAAUAAUAAUAAUAAUAAUAAUAAUAAUAAUAAUAAUAAUAAUAAUAAUAAUAAUAAAAAUAAUAAUAAUAAUAAUAAUAAUAAUAAUAGUAAUUCAAAAAUCAAAAGAAGAAAUAGUAUUAUUUUAGAUAAUGUUGGAACAAUUAUUAGAAUCGACACUACUAAUAUAUCAUCAACUAAAAAAAGAAGAAUUUUUAAAUAA